AUGGACGGUUUUCCUGGGGAGCAGCUGUUCUAUCCUAGCUGUACCGUGAGAUGGUGGCAACCUUACGUUGAGAGAGCAGUUCAUCUCAGAGGUACUGUGAUACAGUCUGAGACAUUUCGAGUAGUACUGCCACUGAUCUGCUUUUCAGCGGUGAUGUGGCACCAUCCAGACUGCGUGCUCCGGCAGUUUGGCAUGAGACAGCAUGAGCCUCAUCAGCCACAUCCUGAGGCUGAG